AUGUGUACCCAGAUCUUCCUCCGCUUCCACCGCUGCCCGUGCCAGCUGCGCUACCACCUGGACGAGUGCGAGCACGGCCGCUCGAGCGCGCGCUGCGUGCACGUCGCGACGGCCCUCAAGUGGACGCACCGCGACUACUGCCACUUCCACAUGAAGACGCGGCGCGCGGCGCUGCGCCGCGAGCGCACCAAGGAGCGCGACUACCAGGAGGCGCGGGCCGCGUUUUUUCGGGACGAGUACCAUCUCUACUGCUCCGAUUCUGGAGUCGAGUGGGGCGGUGAUGUUGGAGAUGUAGCAGGAGUAGGAGUAGGAGGUGGAGAUGUAGCUGGAGCUGGUGUUGGAGCUGCGGCAGAGGAGUUGAGCUUUAUCUGGAAAGACCUGCAAGAACUCGAGGGCGGCACCGGCGCCAACAUCUUCGCCGAUGACAACUUGAUCAUCUUCAACCAAUCCACAGACCAGUCCACCACCCAGCCGCAGCAACAGCAGCUACCCGAGCACCCCAACCCCAACCCCAACCGCAGCCACCCAACCCAAGAUCAAGAGCAAGACUGGACCUACAACCCCAGCACCGUCUUCGAAGAAUUCGACAACACCAUAACCGCCGCCAACUUCCCGCCCCACGCCUCCGCCUCGGCGCUCCUCUCGCACUUCUCGCACCUAGACGAGCAACACAGCUACCCGCCGCCGGACAAGCAGUACCGCAGUGGCUCCUCGUCCCCCGUGCAAAUGCCGUCCUCCCGCCUGCGGCCGUCGCAGCUGCGCGACCUGACGCAGGCACUAACCUUUGACACCGCGCCUUCUGACUUACAGUAUCGUCAGUGGAAGGAGCCGUCAUCGUCUUCGCCGCUGCCCUCGCGGCUGGAUUUCCGUUCGCACGUGCAGGGCACGGAGCAGCCGGUGACAGUGACGAAGAAUGGAAUAGAGAACGAGAAGAAGCGGGAGAGUAAGGAGAAGAUGAUGGAGAGGGAGAGGAGUGCGUACUACCAGCACCAGAAGCAGCUGUGGAAGGCGCGCCCGCUGAUGACGGCCGCGGCGGCGGAUCUGGGGAUCUUUGAUUGA